UCAAACUGUAUGAAGAAAUCAACAUUCCCUCGCUUAGAGAGGGCAAUACAACAACUCUGUUUUUUUUUCAAAAUAUUUGUUGAAGUCAGGCAAACGACGUCUUCAGCGAGUUGUGAUUCAUUUGUUAUGCGAAUCACAAACGAAACAGACAACAGAAAACCCGUUUUUAACUUGGCUCUCGCGCUGUCUCUACAAUGUAAUACCAAUUUGAAGAGACCCUCUUCCAUCUGAGCUGUGAAACAGUCGCGAAUCAGCCGAAGACGGAGACACUUUGACAAAAUGCACAGACAGCAGCUGCAGCAGCUAAGGAUUUCGUAAGAUCACAAGAUCUCGGCACUGAUUCAUCGGAAUGUAUCGGAAUGUGCUGUGUCUGGUGCUGGGCCUAAUCGUGGGCAUGCAGUUGACCGAGUUCUGGGGCUAUAUGACGUACACAACAGAGGAAUAUGAGAGCACAGCCAUUGCAGUGGACACUGCCGUGCCCACCUUGCCACUGAAGGUAUCGCUGGCGGAUUGGCUUUAUCAAGAGACACGUGUGCUGUGCCUGGUCUUGACCAUGCCAAAGGAUCAUCAAACAAAGGCAGCCAAGGUGAAGUCGACGUGGGGAGCCCGUUGCAAUAAGCUCAUCUUUAUGUCCAGCCAAGACGACGCUAAACUGGGCGCUGUCAAUCUCAAUGUGACCGAGAAUCGCAGCAACUUGUAUGCCAAAGUGCGAGCGGGUUUGGCCUAUGCCUAUGAGCAUUAUGUGGAGGAUUACGACUGGUUUCUCAAGGCGGAUGACGACACUUACGUAAUCAUGGAGAAUCUGCGGCACUUUCUAUAUCCCUACGAUCCCGAGGCAGCUGUCUACUUUGGCUAUCGCUUUCGCACAACUUAUCCACAUGGUUACAUGUCUGGUGGUGCUGGUUAUGUGCUCAGUCGUGAUGCACUGCGUCGCCUCAAUCUCUUUGCUCUGAAUAACACCAAGUUUUGUCCGCCAAGCAGCCGCCCAGAAGACAGACAAAUUGGCUACUGUUUGUUGAAUGUGGGCGUGGUCGCUGGAAAUACCAGGGAUGACACGGGUCACGAACGUUUCUUGCCCCUUAACCCUCGACAUCUGAUGCCUCAAUUACAGCCUGGCACUUGGCUCGACAAGACCUUUUACUUUAAGAUGAAUUAUAGCGACUGCUGUUCCGACACGAGCAUUAGCUUUCAUUAUAGCAAGAGCUAUGACUUUGAUAUGUAUGAAUAUUUCCUAUACAAGCUGCGAGUCUUGGGCCUACCAGAAACAUCGUAUACCUUACCCAAGCGACUGGACUAUAAACAGAUGGAGGAGAAGUUGCAAUAUUGGAAUGAACAAGUCUCGGAUAAUAAUGCAGAAUUAUGAUGAGAAGAGAAUGAUAUUCGAAUUUUUGAAUAGGAUAAUAUAACAAACAGUUCGAUAACAAAUUACGAUAUAUAAAUGAAAAAUUCUGAGAUUGUAAUCAAAAAUCUGUAUAAAAAGAGGUAAUUAAGCAAAUCUCAGAUAAUAAUGAAUAAUUGUGAUGAAAACAUGUCAAAUAUGUAAAUUGUAAUGAGAUAAACUCAGAUAAUGAUGAGCUACUAUAGAGGAAAGAGACUCGCAUAUUUGAGUAACUAAUUUUAAAAAUAACUCUAAGAUAUUAUAGCUGUGCCAGAACUGUAUAACGAAAAGAAUAACUUCAUAGAGACCUUGAUAAAUUGUAUAGGCGUAUUGAUAUACUUAAAGUAAUUGCCCGACUUUGUGUAAAUAAAUAAAGAGACUCAUAGCUGAAACUAA